UGUGUCCCAGGUCUUCAGAGUACAGCUCCAUCUGUCUCCAUCUGUCUCAGGGAGCGCGUGCGAGUUUGUCUCCGUACCAACGGAUAUUAUUAAGAACUAGAAGGCAACCCCAGACGAAGCAGUCAUCAUGGGAGACAAAGAACAAGGAAGUGAAAAGAAGUCCAAGAAAAGUGCCGAGUGUUGUGGAUAUCCCAUCAGUAUAUUUUUCAUAGUGGUGAAUGAGUUCUGUGAGAGAUUCUCCUACUAUGGCAUGAGAGCUGUGUUGGUCCUGUACUUUAGGUAUUUUCUCCGUUGGGAUGAUGACCUUGCCACCACCAUCUACCACACAUUUGUGGCUCUGUGCUAUCUUACACCCAUUCUGGGAGCUAUAAUAGCAGACUCAUGGCUUGGCAAGUUCAAGACUAUCGUGUACCUGUCCAUAGUUUACUGUAUCGGUCAGGUGGUCAUGGCCGUCAGUUCCAUCAACGACAUUACAGACAGUGAUAGAGACGGCAACCCUGACAACAUAACUCUACAUGUUGUUUUGUCCAUGUUGGGACUCUUGCUUAUUGCUUUGGGGACAGGAGGUAUUAAACCCUGUGUGGCUGCGUUUGGAGGAGAUCAGUUUCAAGAUCAUCAGGAGAAACAAAGAAGUACUUUCUUCUCCAUAUUCUAUCUGUCUAUUAAUGCCGGGAGUCUUCUCUCAACUCUCAUCACACCCAUUCUGAGAUCUCAGACGUGUGGUAUCCAUUCACAGCAGAAAUGUUACCCGUUGGCCUUCGGUGUCCCGGCAGCUCUUAUGGUGGUCGCCCUCAUUGUGUUUAUUUUAGGCAGAGGCAUGUACGUGAUGGACACCCCUAAGGGAAACAUCUUGUUGCAAGUCGUAAAGUGCAUUGGUUUUGCACUUAAGAAUCGUUUCCAAAAACGUGGCAACCAGUACCCAAAAAGAGAGCACUGGAUGGACUGGGCUGAAGAAAAAUAUGAUAAACUCCUGAUCGCUCAAGUGAAGAUGGUAUUGAAGGUGCUGUUUCUCUAUAUCCCUCUGCCAAUGUUCUGGGCUUUAUUCGACCAGCAGGGCUCCCGCUGGACCCUCCAGGCCACCACAAUGAAUGGCAACUUUGGAGGAUUUAUCAUUCAACCCGAUCAGAUGCAGAUCGUGAACCCCAUUCUGAUUGUGAUCAUGGUGCCCAUCAUGGACAACUUAGUGUACCCACUUAUCAAAAUGUGCCACAUUAACUUCACGCCGUUGCGAAGGAUAACUGUUGGUAUGCUGAUGGCUGCGUUAGCAUUUGUGGCUGCCGCCCUGUUGCAGCUUCAGAUUGAUGAAACAUUGCCCAAGUUUCCCUCAAGCUACCAAGCCCACGCGAGGUUCCUGAACUUGGACGUCGUGGAUCUGAAUGUUUCAGUGGAGAACCGAGAAACAUUUAGUGUGUCUAGUUUUCAGACCUCGGGUGAUUAUAUGACUUUUGAAAAUCCAAUAUAUAGUGUGUCGGUUGCUGGAGGAUACGCCGUUCAGACUCAUUUUUUGUUUGGAAGGAGGCAAACGGUUUUAAUUAGUUCAGCAGGAAUAAAAGAAAUCAUUUUAGAAACUACUGAGAAACCAGAGCAAGGUGCAAAUGAUAUCAAGUUUGUGAAUGGCUUUCACUCAGCACUAAACAUCUCGACAAAGUCUGAAUCAUUGGGUUUCAUCUCUCCAUUAAAAGUAUCAAACUACACCAGUCUUCCCCAGGGCAAAGCUAACUUCACCAUUGCGAACGAGGAAGGACAGAUGUGCUAUUACAUCAUGGAACUGGGCUUUGGUAGUUCCUACACGGUUGUGAUUCCCAGCAAUUUCGAUUUGAGCAACUGUGAGAACAUUAAGAAUAUAGAAGAUAUCAAACCAAACACGAUCCACAUGGCCUGGCAGAUCAUUCAAUACUUUCUGGUGACCUGUGGAGAAGUGAUGUUCUCCGUCACUGGACUGGACUUCUCCUACGCACAGGCCCCGAGCAACAUGAAAUCAGUCCUCCAGGCAGGCUGGCUGUUGACUGUAGCUGUGGGCAACAUUAUUGUACUCAUUGUGGCCGAGGCAGGCACACUUCCGGAUCAGUGGGCAGAAUACGUGCUGUUCGCCUCACUUUUGGUAGCUGUGAGUAUCAUCUUCUCCAUCAUGGCUUACUUCUACACCUACAUGGAUCCGGAAGAGAUCGAGUCGAAAUUUAAAGAGCACGAGCCAGAAGACAAGGAUAAUAAAUAUAUUGAGAUGGUUAAAAGAGAUUCUGUUUCGUCAGAACUCAAACAGACGAAGAUCUAGACGCAACCAUUCCUCGUCCUCCGGCUAUAUGCCUUACAAGUGUUCUUGUCUGAUGUCUUUAAUAACUAAUUUGCCAUUUUCUUAUCAUGGUUUGGCUUGGGAUUCAUACAGUUGAAAUUUCAACUCUGCAACUCUUCCAACAAUGCUCUGGUGUGGUUUGGGAUGACUGCUAUGGUCGGCACGUUUGAGUUUGAAAAGUAACCCUAGUGUUGGUUAUGAGACACAUAUCAGACGUGCGUUAGUACUUUUGCAGGUGGGUUAUGUUACUAUAAGGGUAAAAUCGAAUAAGUGUUUUUCUGCAAGCAAUGCAAUUGACCUGUGCCAUAGAAAAAUGUAGACUGAACCUCUUGUAUGGUAAUUCAUACUACUCUUUGUGUUGAGCAACACCCAAAAUCGCAGACAAAAAAUUCAGUUUCAGAAAAGCACCUUUAAUUUUUGUUAAUAGAAAUGUAUCUAUAAGUGAUGGGUGGGUAAGAGUUUUACUACAGGGAAUUCAUGUUUGCACUUUGAUGGUUAUAUUCUGAAUUUGAAUUAUUUAAAGGUUUACGAUAGGGAACUUAUAAAUAAACACUUUGUGUUUUUAUGCGAGAUGUAUUAUUAGAUUACUGUAUUUUUUUAUGUGUACAUGACGUUGACUCGCAAAUGGAUUUUAAAAUAGAUCGGGCCUAAAAAGCUAUGAAAUACUUGACAUGGAAGAAUCAACUUUUGAUUAAGUGCUUCAAUAAAAUAUCCACCAUAAUUUCUAGGAGU